CCCGGGGUCGUGCGACUCCUCAUGGCGCUCCAGGAGCUGCUCCGUGAGGGUCAGGAGGCUCCGGUCCGCCUCGUCUCCCGACUCGGACAGCUGAUGCACAACCUCUCCCCCAACGUGCUGGCCUCCCCCUUCAACAGCCGCAAGAACUCCUGGAGGGACUGGAACGAUGAGAUCAUGCAGCAGGAUAGCAGCCCUCUGUGUGCUGCAGACAUCAGCGUGGACCUCAGGAAGCAGUUCGCCUUCCUGUCAGGUGGCCGGGGGGAGAAUGGCAGCCCCAUCAUCAUCUUCCCAGAGUUCCCAACGUUCGGGGAUCUGCAGGAGCAGGAGUUCCACAACGUCCUCACCUACCUGACCAGCGUUCCCAGUCUCUCGGCGGCGGCAGUCGGCUUCAUCUUGGUCAUCGACCGGCGCCUGGACCGCUGGUCAUCAGUGAAGGGGACCCUGCUACGCAUCGCGGGUGCUUUCCCAGGGAACCUGCAGCUUGUGUUGGUAUUGAGGCCGACUACUCUUCUGCAGCGGACGCUCUCCGACAUCUUCUUCAAGUUCAGCAAAGAUGAGUUCAAAAUGAAGGUGCCGGUUAUAAUGCUCAGCUCGGUCACUGAGCUACACAGCUACAUUGAUCGGACACAGCUGACCCAGGAGCUUGGUGGGACACAAGACUACUGCCACGAGAAGUGGAUCUCCCAUCGGACGGCCAUAGAGGGCUUUGCGCUGAUGGUGAAGAAGACUGCCCAGACGCUGCAGUCGUUUGGCACAGAGCUGGCCGAAACGGAGCUGCCCAACGACGUGCAGGCCACCGCCAACCUGCUCGGCACACACACCAACAAGAAAGACAAGAUGAAGGAGGACCUGAAGAUUGCCCUGUCUCAGGGUGGGCGCCUCCUGGAGAGCAUCAACGAGCCACUGGUCAAAGACGCCGACUACGCCAUGAACCAGGACGAGAUGGAGAAUCUGGCCACUGUGCAGAGGCUGCUGGGUCAGCUGGAUGAGACCGAGACGGCGUUUGAUGACUUCUGGGAACGCCACUACACCAAGCUGCAGCAGUGCCUCCAGCUGCGACACUUCGAACACAAUUACAGAGAGAUUCGCUCCCAGCUGGACCUGGUGGGGGAGAGACUGGCGAGCUUCUCGGAGGUGGGCAUAAGCCCCGCCCAUGCGGAGCACAUCCACAAAGAGCUCACCUGCCACGAGGAGCGCACCUGUGAGGUGCUGGACCGCGCCCUUGCCCUGGCCACUGAGGGGGACCAGCUGAUCGAGAGCUCGCACUACGCGGUGGACUCCAUCCUGCCCAAGUGCUCCGAGCUGCGCUCCAUCAGCGACGACAUCAGCCUCGUCAUGAGGGCCAAGAAGGCCCACCUCCUCAAGGCCCUCGAGCUGCACCAGUGUCUGGAGAAGGCUGCUAAGUGGUGUGACAGCGGCAUCUACCUGCUGGCGUCUCAGCCGGUGGACAGGUGUCAGUCUCAGGACGGAGCCGAGUCGGCGCUGCAGGAGCUGGAGCGCUACCUGGACACGGCCGGCCAGCACAAGCUCACCGACCCCGCCGCCAUCUGGAGGGACUACGACAGCGUGCUCAACCUGGAGUUCAGGGAGCAGGUGGAGAAGGUCCUGCAGAAGCAGGUGUCCAUGCAGGAGAUGUUCGAUAAGCGGCGGGUCAGCCUGAAGAAGCUGGCCGCCAAGCAGACGCGCCCCGUCCAGCCCGUGGCCCCGCGGCCCGAGGCCUUCCCCAAGUCCCCCGUCUCUUCUCCAGCUCACAGAAGCCAGGAGAAGAACAGCUCUGAUGGAGAAAUCCUGAGUGGCUGUAAGAAGGACCCCAGCCUGCCCAAUGGGACCAACAGCAGACCCCCGUCUCUGUCUGAGGAGGAGGAGAACCUGGCUGUGCUCAGGAGGCAUGUGAUGAACGAGCUACUGGAGACAGAGAGGGCAUACGUGGAGGAGCUGCUGUGUGUCCUCCAGGGCUAUGCUGCGGAGAUGGACAGCCCAGCCAUGGCUCACCUGAUGCCCAACACCCUGGUCAACAAGAAGGACAUCCUGUUCGGCAACAUGCCCGAGAUCUACCAAUUCCACAAACGGACGUUCCUUCGAGAGUUGGAGGCGUACACAGACUGCCCUGAACUUGUGGGUCGUUGCUUCCUGGAGAGAAUGGCGGAUUUGCAGAUCUAUGAGAAGUACUGCCAGAACAAGCCGCGCUCUGAGAGCCUGUGGAGGCAGUGCUCCGACUGCAACUUCUUCCAGGAGUGCCAAAAGAAGCUGGAGCACAAGCUGGGCUUGGACUCGUAUCUGCUGAAGCCAGUACAGAGGAUCACCAAAUACCAGCUCUUACUUAAGGAGAUGCUGAAGUACAGUAAAGGCUGCGAGGGCUCUGAGGACCUGCAGGAGGCGCUGUCCUCCAUCCUGGGCAUCCUGAAGGCCGUCAACGACUCCAUGCACCUCAUCGCCAUCACCGGUUACGAGGGCAACCUGAGUGACCUGGGCAAGCUGAUGAUGCAGGGCUCGUUCAGCGUGUGGACGGAGCACAAGAAGGGUCACGCCAAGGUCAAGGACCUGGCGCGCUUCAAGCCCAUGCAGCGGCACCUGUUCCUGCACGAGAAGGCCCUGCUCUUCUGCAAGCGGCGCGAGGAGAACGGCGAGGGCUACGAGAAGGCCCCCUCCUACAGCUUCAAGCACUCGCUCAACAUGAGUGCGGUGGGGAUCACAGAGAACGCCAAAGGAGACAACAAGAAGUUUGAGAUCUGGUGCAACUCCCGAGAGGAGGUCUACAUCGUGCAGGCUGCAACGGCAGACAUCAAAACAACCUGGGUGAACGAGAUCCGAAAAGUUCUAACAGAGCAGCUGAGAGCCUGCAGAGAUGCGAGACAGCAGAAGCCCUCAGAGCCAGCGACUCCAUCGCCUGCCGUCAGCAACGGAUCUAUCAGUCUGAGCCCUUUCAGGAGCAGUCAGAAGAGCUUCAAGAGAGGUGAGGAGAAGAAGGCGGAGUCUGGUGUGGCUGAAUCUGGUUCCCCGAAGGCCACGGACAAGGCUAAAGAGGAGACGGUCACCAGUCCCACUAGUGACCGGGCGGCGGCCGCUAAAAAGCGCUUUACGCUGCAGGGAUUCAGCAACCUCAAGAGCCAGAAAGGAUCUCCCCCUAGUCCCGACCACAAAACCAAACGGCAUGAGAUUAAGAGUGACCCAACUCCAUUUGGCUUUAGAGGCUGGACAAAGGCGUCCCUCUCCAUGGACGCUUCAGAAGAGCAUGAUGGGUACUCAAGUGCUGAGGACCCCUUGAACUCUGACCCCGAGGAUGAGGGGGCCAAGAAACUGGCCCCAGGCAGGUACGUGGUGGUGGGCGACUAUGAGAAGGACGUGUGUGUGAAGAGUGGCGACAUGGUCCAGCUGGUGAAGGAGGGGGACGAUGGACAGUGGUUUGUCAAAAACCUCAAGUCCAACAAAGAAGGCUGGGUACCGGCUGCUAACCUCCUUACCUUAAUAGGAGAGUCAAAGUCCUCACAGUCUCUCACAAGCUCAGAGGGAAGUGGUUCGGGGAAUCUGAGUACAUCCUCCAGCUGCAGUGAGACCUACACAAGCUUCUCCGACAUCAAGCCCUGAGGCCUGGUGGGAGCCGGCGCUGCAGCGCCCUCCUCUGGCCGCUCUUAUGUAUGCAUUUCUCUGCUGUGACUGCUGAGCUCUCCGCCGUAGUGGAGUUGAGAAUAUCAUUUCCUGGUGCAGUGGGUCAUCCUCAGCUGCUCUUGGUGUGACUGGAUCACUCUUGAGUUCACAACUCCCCCUCUCCUGGACUCUUUGAGAGAGAGAAAGAGAGAAAGAGAGAGAGAACGGCCUCGCGUUCAUCACAAGAGACAGCUCUUCCUGAAAGUAUUCUUUCCAAAUGCUGGUUUCACUGGUCCAUUUGUGUUUCCCCUGUACUCUGAAUAAAAUGUAUUUUCAUUUCUUUCCGUCUUGGGAACAGAAAGGUGCACACACUUAGAUGUUCUCUAGUCGGGAAGGAAUCCGAGAGUCCGUAAGUGUUACUAUGACAACGAGUGUAGAAUUAACUCUUCAUUUUGUCCACUCUGCACUGUGUACCCAGAGCACAGACGAGAAGAGAUCACCAACUAUGUGUCCCAUCUGAGGCCUGGCGUCUUUCACUUGUUGUUCAGUCCUGAGUGAAACUUUCGUUCACAAAACUAGAGCUCUUUUGCCAAUGUAAUAUGUGGAGACAGUUCUGUGUGUUGGAACACUGCGAAGACUGUGGCGUCAUGUUCAGUCUCUUAUUGAAAAUACUGUGAGCAGUCUCUGUUUCUUGUACGUAUUAAUGAUGGAAAUGUGUAAAGGUUAAAUUAUUUACUGCAAUAAGAAUAACAUUUGUACAGAUAUUUUGAAUUUUACCUCAUUUUCCCAUGAAAACAUUAUAAAUAUAUAAAUAUAUAUUGUAUAUUCAGAUCACAAUGGUUAUGUUCUCAUGAAUCAUUGUCUUUAUUUGUAGAGUUUCUACAUUGUAAUGUAUAUCCCAUUUUCCAUGCCUUCACACAAAUUUGUAAUCUGCCUACAGAUUAUUUUUCCAGAAAUCUCAUCAUCGGAAGAGAUUUAAAUCCACAAGCAUUAUUUUAAAAAAUACUUUUGAAACAAUCUAAGCAUGCAGCAACAAUCUGAAUAUUUUAAAUGUAGGAAAUGUUUUUAAAAUACAACCAGCAGGUUAUCUGAAUCCUCGUCACCCAGAACCGGGCCCUUAGCGCUGAAUCUGAACAAAGGCUGUCUAAGUAAUUUAGAAAACAUUUAGUUUAUACAUCAAACAUUUUUAUUUUACUGGGUUUUUCCACCAAGAGGUAUUGUGUUACUGUGUACCACAAUUGAUGCAGCACAUUGGCGCACGUCUGUUCUCCAGUGGCAGUUCAACUGCUUCUGCUGGUUUGAAUGAUGCAUACAUGUUUAUGUAUAUGUGUAAAUAUGUAUUUAAGACGUUGAGAUGUAUGAAGAGAAAUUAAGCUUGAAUAAAGUCCACAGAAAAAUUA